GUCCAAACUCCUUCAGCUGAGCAAGCACAGGUUCAGCGGUUCGUUCCAGAGUUCUUCCCGUUCACCGGAGAGCCACCGGGCACACCGUCGCUGGGUGAACUGGGCGGCCUGAAGUCGGUGCCGGUGCCCGCCGCGAGGGGCAGGUCGAAGCACUGCCUUGGGGAGCAUGAAGAGGUCGCGCCAAGCUUGCAAGGUAUUGGUAGCGGCAACGUGGCCAAGGGCUCGAGCAAGGCACUGGGCCCAGGCCCCAGCCACGGCAGGGGGAGCAGCAGUUUGCCGAGCUGCGGGGCGGCAGCGGGGAUGAGCCCCAUGAAAGCGGGAAGCCACGAGCCCGCCACACACAGAGCAGAGGUCCAGCUGGUGCUGGGCCCGGUAGGCAGCUGGAACCUCUCCGUCAAGUGUACCAGCGGCAUGGUCUUCCAGAUGCGGCCGCAUUGCUGCGUGGGAAGUCCAACCACGCGCCCUGGGAGCACCGGCCGGGCAGUUCGGCACAGGACACAGGACCCGGCUGUCCCGGCGCGGGGCGGGAGAGCGCUCACGGGCAGGAGGGCCUCCAUCAAUGGCCAUUGGGGCUCGUUCGCUGCCGAUGGGCGUGCCAGGGGCUGGCCCAGGAUGAGCAGCCUCGCCGACGCGGACGCCAGCAUACCCACAAUGUCGGUGCAAGCGGCGGCGCCAGGUCAGUGGGGGCCGCCGCGCAAUCCAAUGAACCCGACGGCAACGCCAACGUACGACCGGAAGUGGCCUGACCCACAAGCCGGAGGGGCAGAGAGGAGCAGCACUAGACCCCCAACCGACCACAAAGGCCUUGCCCAGGGUUCUCCGUUGGCGGCGCCCGGCAAACGCCAAUCCAAGGAGGAGGUGCCUGUGCUCAUCCGCGUCGGUCGCCGGGAUGGGUGGGGGUGUCCAAAGCAGCAAGCACUCCAAGGAGGGAUGAGGUCGGGACGCCAGGCAGCGGCCAGGUCACCGCCCCCGGCCGAGGCAGCACACCAGAGGUCCUUGGACGUGGGGCUGACGACACGACGCGGGGGCGGUCACGCGGCCGCCACCUCGCAGGGGCAAGCGAGCGAGGUGCCAGCAAGAAAUCCUGAACUUUGGGGGUUCUGCCACCACUGGGCCGAGGGCGACUUCUCCUUGCAAUCCGCCAACUUCGGCGUGGGCCUACCACGGCAGGUCGUCUUCCCUCGCCGCAAGCUCUUCUUUGAGGGCUUGACGCUAUGGAGCUUUGGGAACGCACAAGAAGCCAUCGUGAACUACUACAAAGAAAGCAACGCUUUGGAGAAGUGCGUGGGGCACGGCACCUUCCACAGGCAAGAGAGGCAAUACUCGGAAGACACGGAGCAUCAUCGUUUCAACGGCAAAACCGACUGUGCCAAUUUGGCUCAGCUCUUCUCCUUCGCCAGUCCUGUGAAGUCGGGUGCUCCGCCGGGCCUCACCGUGCGGAUCAUGGGAGUGGUGAAGUCCUUUCUGCAGCUGCAAGAGCCUCGAUGGACCUUAGACCCAGAUCCUGUAGAGGGCGAGAAGUUCUACCAGGCCUUUCGCGAAGCAAGAGCACAGAAUUUGUUCCCCUUGAGCAAUGACCUCGGGCCGUUGGUGCCUAGAGAUGUUUUUGAGGCCUCCGUGGAUGUCAAAGACGUCAUGAAAGCAGCACCUGCAGGUUCGAUUGAUGAACAUACCAGGCUGGUCAGGAGGCUCUACAAGGCCAUGGAAAAACAUAUGCCAUCGAAAGAUUUCAUCAGAGAGGAACAGGAGAUGCUGCCUGGGGGUGACAUCCGAAUCAAGGGAAACGCUUGGCUUCGGAAGGACAAACAAGACAAAGAUGAAGAUGAAUAUGACGACAAACGAGGUCAUAAGCGCCCGGCACCAUCAGAUGUGGAGGACCCCGAGGAAGGCACCAGUGACGAUGAUGACAUGAGCGAAUGUGGACUUGGGAGUGAUGGAGAGAAACCAGACUCCACACCUUGUUGCAGUGAUGGAGAACCUGCCAACAAUGAUGAAGAUGGUGGGAGAAAUGAUGAGACAAGUGGAGAUGAAUCUAUGGAUAAAGAACCAAAAUUCGAUCAGGACGAAGUUGGCACAGAAGAUGGAAGUGAAGGUAACAAUGAUGACUGUGCUGGUGAAGGAGAUGAAGAAGGUGAAACUGAGAAGGGAAGUGAGGAGGUGAAAAGAUGCAGAGAAGAUGACUAUGGAAAACACGCUGAUGAGAAAAGCUGCAAGACAACCGAUGAUGACAGCAGUGACGGUGAGGAAAAAACAUCACCCAAGGCCAUCGUGAUUCCAAGUGAGGAUGAACUCUUUCCGGACAACCAGUUGGGCGACCCAACUCUCUAUCCUCCGUCAGACUGUGAAGAUGCAAAGAAACGAGGUCAAGAUGAUGAAGAUGAUGACAAAGCUUCGGACCAUGACAAGGCGAAGGAAGCUGAAGAAGAGAAGAGUUCAGAUGAGGAUGAUGGAGAGAAGGAUGAAUGCGAUGAAGCUUCAGGAUCGGAGAAGGACAAAGAAGACAAUGAGCAGGAUGAAGAUGAGGCUUCAGACGAGGAUGAGGUAGAGCAGGAUGAGAAGAAAGACCAGAGUUCAGAUGAGGAGGCUGAGAAGAGUGCAUGCCAGGCUUCAGACUCUGAGGAAGAAAAGGAAGAUGGCAAGGAAGAUGAUGACAAAGCUUCAGACCAUGACAAGGCGAAGGAAGCUGAAGAAGAGAAGAGUUCAGAUGAGGAUGAUGGAGAGAAGGAUGAAUGCGAUGAAGCUUCAGGAUCGGAGAAGGACAAAGAAGACAAUGAGCAGGAUGAAGAUGAGGCUUCAGACGAGGAUGAGGCAGAGGAGGGUGGCAAAAAAGACCAGAGUUCAGAUGAGGAGGCUGAGAAGAGUGCAUGCCAGGCUUCAGACUCUGAGGAAGAAAAGAAAGACGGCAAGGAAGAUGAUGACAAAGCUUCAGACCAUGACAAGGCGAAGGAAGCUGAAGAAGAGAAGAGUUCAGAUGAGGAUGAUGGAGAGAAGGAUGAAUGCGAUGAAGCUUCAGGAUCGGAGAAGGACAAAGAAGACAAUGAGCAGGAUGAAGAUGAGGCUUCAGACGAGGAUGAGGUAGAGCAGGAUGAGAAGAAAGACCAGAGUUCAGAUGAGGAGGCUGAGAAGAGUGCAUGCCAGGCUUCAGACUCUGAGGAAGAAAAGGAAGAUGGCAAGGAAGAUGAUGACAAAGCUUCAGACCAUGACAAGGCGAAGGAAGCUGAAGAAGAGAAGAGUUCAGAUGAGGAUGAUGGAGAGAAGGAUGAAUGCGAUGAAGCUUCAGGAUCGGAGAAGGACAAAGAAGACAAUGAGCAGGAUGAAGAUGAGGCUUCAGACGAGGAUGAGGCAGAGGAGGAUGGCAAAAAAGACCAGAGUUCAGAUGAGGAGGCUGAGAAGAGUGCAUGCCAGGCUUCAGACUCUGAGGAAGAAAAGGAAGACGGCAAGGAAGAUGAUGACAAAGCUUCAGACCAUGACAAGGCGAAGGAAGCUGAAGAAGAGAAGAGUUCAGAUGAGGAUGAUGGAGAGAAGGAUGAAUGCGAUGAAGCUUCAGGAUCGGAGGAGGACAAAGAAGAUGAUGAAGAUAAAGAUGAAGCUUCCAAAGAUGAUCAGGUGAGUGAUGGUGUGAAGGAGAUGGAGAAGGUUUCGACUGACAGUGCCAAGCUGUCUCGGCCAAGUGCCGCAGCAGUCGGAUUCUCAACAGUGGGACUGACUGACAAGCAGGUCCUUGACAAAGCUGCAAAGUUCUACAAAAAAGGGAAGAAGCUAAUGGAGAAGGAUCUCAAAGAUCUUGGUCUUCCAGGUGCAAAGGCACGUGAUGACAAAGACAGUGUGGCCACUGAUGAUAUCAGCAUCAGCAGCGAUGGUUCGACAUCGACAUCGUCAAGAAGUUCAACGUCUUCUUCUUCCAGUACCAGUUCAAGUAAAGACCAGAAAGGAAAGGAAAAAACUGAAAAGGACAGUGGGGAUGGAAAAUAUAGAAUUCGAACUGAGUUUCCAAAAAGAAAUAUUAGAAGAUGGAUGACUCCAGGACCAAGGUUUGAUGUUCCAGGGAACCUUCCAAGCAAAGAUGACAUCACACAAGAAGGUCGAAAGUUCAAACAGACGCAGAUUGACUGGAUCAAACCGCAAGCAGAUCUGUUAAAGGAGACUGAAGAGAAGAAUGCGAAGCUGGAAUCGAAAGAAGGAGCAAAGAGUGAAGAACCGAAAGGAAAAGCCAACCAUUUGGGUCUUCCUAUCCCUGCCCACCGACGUCGAACUAAGAGUUGGAGACACUUAACAUGA